AUGCACUUUGUGGGAGGAAAAGGUCCUACGGAGUCGCAUCCAGACCCAAUACCAGCGACUGCGAGAGGUGUCGAACGCCGUAUAUUCGAGUCGCGGAAGAUUAGAUCGGCACCGACGAAGAGGAAAUCGCCGAGCGGCAAAGCAAGAGAAGCGCCGGAAGACGUUGAAUAUCCCGAUGAAAACCAGAUUCCUGACAUUACUGUUACCUCGGAAUUUGAAAAGGAUUUAAAUGCGAAUAGCUACACAUUUAAUAACAAUGUUGCCACAGAGUUAGGGAAUACCUCUCCUGACAACGAGCCAAGCCGAUUGUUGUACACAGACAAAUGUGUUUCAUUUGAACACCUCCAAGUAUAUACAGAUAAGGCACUGAGCAAUACAAAAUUACUGAAGAGAGAGCUGUUUUUGAAAGAUGUUGAGAAAGAUGAUAAAUCUUGUAAAUUUUACACUGACAAUCCAGUCAAUAAUGACAAUGGUCAUGGAAGAGUACUCUCUACAUAUGAGACACUUGUCCUGGUUUUGGUUCGACUGAGGAGAGGUAUGGAUGUGGAGCAUCUUGCUGACUGUUUUGGAGUUUCCAAUGCUACUGCCAGCCGUUAUAGCAAUACCUUGGUGGAGUUUUUAUGCAAGGAGUUAGCGUUUCUCAUAAAGUGGCCAUUAAGGGAUCAUGUCCGAGCAUCACUACCAAACGCAUUCCGGAAUUUUAAAAGAACUAUUGCCAUAAUAGACUACUUGUGGCCAGGCUCUGUAUCUGAUAAGCGCAUCGUUCAAGGCAGUAGUUUUAUGGACUAUAUUAAGCCAGGUGAUGUCAUGGCUGACCGUGGUUUUUUAAUUCGCGACCUGUUGGCUUUGCAAGGUGCAACACUAAAUAAUCCUCCUUUUGCUCAUGGAAAUCAACUUAGUAGCUCAGCUGUGACUAAAACUAGGAGAAUUGCAAGUGCUCGCAUCCAUGUAGAAAGGGCAAUUGGGCGAUUGAAAUACUUGAAAAUUCUUCAGGGUGUUUUCCCUUUAAAUUCCAAAACAAUUAUGAAUCAGACAGUAGACCGGUGUGCUCAACUAUGUAAUUUGGAUAAGGUUUUAGUCAAAUAG